GCUGCAUUUACCAUUUAGCCACAUGUAGUUGGUAUGAUGCACACAUACAACAAAAAGACAAGCAAGACAUGAAGCAAAAGCCUUUUCUCCCUAACUUAAAAAAUGAAAUGUAAAAUAACUUCCCCCUUUGUUCUUUCUCCACUAAUUUUAAAUCGGAUCGUGGACUGAAAAAUGAAUUUGCGGGUGUAGUGGAGGUCGAAAUAAUUCAGAAUCCACAAUGUUGUGUUCUUGGUUUUGUUAUAUGAAAGUAGUUCUUUGAGAAGAGCAACAGGAUCCAGGAAAGUUAAGCAGUGCGAAGUGAUGGUGCAGAGUAGAAAAAUUCGAUAAUCCAAUCAUGUUACUUACUGUCCUGACCAAAAUAAUGAUUUUUUAUGUACCUAGAGGAAAAGGAAAAUGAUCUGAUGGUGGGCUUUUAAUGAUGUCCAGUGUUGUGGCUCUUAAUAGUGUCAAUCCCCUAAAAAUGCCAAUGUCGAGAACCCAACUUUUUCCCUCUCAUGCCCAAUAUAUACAAGAAGGCGGAGGUGGUAAUUUGCCUCCUUUAAAACAAGGUUCUGCCAAGGAACAAAGCCCAGCAGUAACCUCAGCAACUAGUUCUGUCAAUUCAGCUAUUCUUCCAGAAUUAAAUGUAGCAUCAUUAGGACUACAGUGCCUAAAUCGGGGAAACAUGUCUUCAUCUCUGAAAUCUUCCCAAACGAGUCUCAUAUGUGUUACUGGAAAUGAGUGUAAGCCUCGUACUAUGGUCACAACACCAGAACAAGUAAUGAAAUUGUACAUGAAUAAACUAACACCUUAUGAACAUCAUGAAAUAUUCAACUAUCCCCAAAUUUAUUUCAUUGGUGCAAAUGCCAAGAAACGCCCAGGUAUAAUAGGAAAUCCAAAUAAUUGUGACUAUGACAAUGAUCAGGGGUCCUAUAUUCACAUUCCCCAUGACCACGUAGGAUAUCGGUAUGAAGUUCUAAAAGUUAUUGGCAAAGGGUCUUUUGGACAAGUAGUUAAAGCUUAUGACCACGCAAAUCAUAUGCAUGUCGCUUUGAAAAUGGUCCGUAAUGAAAAGAGGUUCCAUAGACAAGCCCAAGAGGAAGUGAGAAUUCUGGAGCAUUUACGGAAACAAGACAAAGACAAUACAAUGAACAUAAUACAUAUGUUAGAUUCAUUCACUUUUCGAAAUCAUAUGUGCAUCACUUUCGAAUUACUUUCAAUAAAUUUAUAUGAACUUAUUAAGAAAAACAAAUUCAAAGGCUUCAGUUUGCAACUUGUCAGAAAAUUUUGUCAUUCAUUGCUACUGUGCCUUGAUGCAUUAAAUCGUAACAAAAUAAUACAUUGUGAUAUGAAACCAGAAAAUGUUCUUUUGAAGCAACAAGGGAGAAGUGGACUUAAGGUUAUAGACUUUGGAUCAUCAUGCUACGAACAAAACCGGGUAUACACCUACAUACAGUCGCGAUUCUAUAGGGCACCAGAAGUCAUUUUAGGAGCCCGCUAUGGAAUGCCAAUUGAUAUGUGGUCAUUAGGCUGCAUUUUGGCAGAACUUUUGACUGGAUUUCCUUUACUGCCUGGUGAAGACGAAGCAGAUCAAUUAGCUUGUAUAAUAGAAUUAUUAGGAUUGCCCCCACAAAGGCUUUUGGACCAAUCAAAAAGGGCAAAAAAUUUCAUUAGUUCAAAAGGCAUACCAAGAUACUGCAAUUGUUCAACUAUAGGUGAUGGAACUGUAGUACUUUCUGGCGGCCUAAGUCGUAGGGGUAAACCUAGAGGACCUCCUGGGGCUAAAGACCUAAAGAGAGCCCUGAAGGGUUGCGAUGAUCCAUUAUUCCUAGAUUUUAUAAAAAGAUGUCUUGAAUGGGACCCUGACGUAAGAAUGACACCUGUUCAAGCCCUUCGUCAUGCGUGGCUGAGAAGACGACUGCCUCGACCGCCAGGAGAAAAAGUUGACCCGAGUAGUGCUAAUGUCUCAAGAAGUGGAUCGACUGGUGGUCCAAGAACUCCAAAAACUCAGCUGCAGCAACAGGGUUCAUUGGGCGACGGAAAUGCAUGACGCGGUAGAUGCUACUUUUUUAUCGCUAUCAUUUUGAAAGUUGAAUUAACAGUCAGAAAAGGUGAUGUUUGAUGGCACUUUAGACUAUCUAGCGUUUUGUACAGUUCCUGCGUCGAAAUGGGGUAUAGAAAAUACCAUGUAUGAACUGUUUUUUAAAUUAAUUGUUGUGUGGAUUGUUGGGCUUUUUGUAAGCUUUUAUUUGUAUGUGAUUUUUUUUGUAAAAUGUGUAAAGUACUUAAGUAUGUUCUGUUUGUUUCAAACCUGCUAUGGUAUCCAGGAAAGAUCACCUACGGGGUUGCCCAUUUUUCAUGUUUGAAUGGGUUGUACCUAUUGAAGACCAGCGGAGAUAUUAAAAAUCUUUAAGCUAACUCAAAGCGUUUGAAAAAAAUUAGGAAAAUGAUUUUGUUUUUUUGAGAAAUAUUAAACAUAAAUCUAUGAUGAUUCAAAUCAAUUCAAGGGAAGGGGUGUCCUAUUUGAAAAAAGACAAUUUUGGUGUGUACCUGUUCCAAAGUUAGGAAACUUUAAAAAUCGCCCAUUAUUUCCUGAACGCAUCAAGUAAGUCCUGAUUUGUUUUCAUCUUUUUUAUAUUCUUAUAUAAAGAACAAGGAGCUCGAACAUGCUCUCCCAGGUUUUUGAUAUCUCUUCUGGUGGCCCAAUACAACAUCGAAAAUGGUACAAGAAUGCAAGACUUAGUAAUAUGUACACACAAAAAAAAACACCCCUAUUCCUUGCCAUAUUCAUGUCUCUAUACAUUUUAUCAUUAGACGACUCGAAUGGAAUAUUAGGAAAAAAUUAUAAUUUUGACGAUUUCUUAUUACAUAUUCAAUAUAAGCAACGUUACGUACUCACUUACGUAAAAUGUUAUGAAGGUUUUUCUGUUUUUUAUUUUAUUUUCAAAUGAGUUUUCAAACUAUCGAGAGCGCGUACUUUAUUUCUUAAACGUUUCCAUUGACACACAACCCUAAUAUAUGAGCAAAGACAAAAACAAUUAGUUAAAUGACAUGUUUGAACGUACUUGAUUUAGGAUUGAGCAUAACGGCACGUACACAAUGAUAUGCACAGAUAUGCUUUCGUGUACAUACUAUAAGUUUUAGUAUAAUUCCACAUUUUAGUCGAUUGUUUUCAUUGAAGUUGUUCAGAUACAGGUUGUAUUUUUAACCAAUAUAAGCUCAUUAUUUGUAUUUUUUGUUUUUUUUUCUAUUAUUCUUAUAACUUUGUAUUGAAUUCUGAUUUAGAUUUUGUUUCGUUUUUGCACAUCGGCGCGUGUUUUGAAACUUGCAUAUUGUACUGCUACCACCUUGUUUGCGAGGAUUUAUAUGCGUAAAGGCCCCGCGCGCACUAGCCUUGAAUGGUUUCAGUGGUUUUAUUUAUUUAUUUCCAUCGUCACUGGCAUACCAAAAUUGUAAAUUGUUUUGUUUUAUUUUUCUGGAAAUAAAUAAAUAUUGUAUUGUAUUGUAUCUAAAACCUACAAUGGUUGUUAGGUUUGAUUGACAAAUUUUAACUUCGAUAAUGUGUUAGAGAGGCUGAGUUCAUGAAUCUCAAGUAUUAUUAUUUAAGAGUACACAAAUUGUAUAAAAAUAGUAACUUUUUUAUAGAAUUAAGUAGUUUGAAAUUUUUCAUAAUCUUUCAUAAUCAACUUUUAAAACAAAACUGGGCCAAACAUAGGUCAUUUUAACAUUAUUUUAAAGUUGAUAUGAAAGUGUCUUGGUUUGAGUUUCAAAUAUUUGCCUCGCUAUAGGAGUUUUUUAUAUGAUGCUUCACCUACUAUGUAUAUAUUCCUUCCUUCAUUAUUUAUUGAACAUAAUGCAUUAUUCAUAAAACAUAAAUGUCACAAGGUUGGGAUUAAGAAACAAAUUUUUGUUAUAUUAUAUCGAAAAGUGUUUCUUUAAUAAUUGCUUUGACCUGUCCAUUCUUGACUGAAUUUUUUAGGUUAAGCAAAAAUUAUACUUGGCAAAAGAAACAUACUCACUUAUCUUAUUGAUUCUGAUGUUUAGAGUUGCUAAAUAACAAUUAUAAAACUUCUUAUAACUUCAACUGCUUUUAUUGGCAUUUAAAAUGUAUACUGGUCAACUUUCAAAUGUCAAUAUCACCAUUAUGGAACUUCAAAAUCUGUACAGGGUUGUUCCGUAUAUUUAGAUAGCAUAUAGCUCGCUUAUGAAGCAAGAUAGAAAAAAAAAUGUAAGUACAAAGUAAAUAGGAAUAGAGAACGAGAAGCGCUAUAAAAUACAACUUUUAAAUAUACAGAGUUCAUCCAAAGGAUGUGACAUGCAC